GUAAUGGUGGCCGGUUGACGCGUCUCUUCCGGGGUUAGUUAUUGUUGUUUCGGGCUGUCGGGACUCUGCGGCUGUACACACACCUGUACACACCUGUACGGAGGGGAGAUGGGUGAGGAGCAUUACCUGGAGCUGUGUGAGAGCCCGGUGCAGUUUGAGCAUGCGUCAAACGUCAACAACGUCUUCUUCGACGAGGCUAACAAACAGGUGUUCGCGGUGCGUUCAGGCGGCGCCACUGGAGUCGUGGUCAAAGGCCCGGAAGACAAGAGCAGUGUUGCCUUCAGAAUGGACGAUAAAGGAGAAGUGAAGUGUAUAAAGUUCUCCAUCGGAAAUAAGAUCUUGGCCGUUCAGAGAACUUCAAAGUCCGUGGAUUUCAUCAACUUCAUACCCGACUACCCGCACACAGAGUUCACUCAGGAGUGCAAGACGAAGAACGCCAGCGUUCUGGGUUUCUGUUGGACCAACUGGAAUGAGAUCGUCUUCAUCACCGACCAGGGAAUCGAGUUCUACCAGGUGUUUCCAGACAAGCGCAGUCUGAAGCUGCUGAAGAGUCAGAGCAUUAAUGUGAACUGGUACCAGUACUGUCCGGAGACGGCCGUCAUCCUGCUGUCCACCACCGUGCAGGGAAACAUCCUGCAGCCCUUCGCCUUCAGGAACGGGACCAUGUCCAAGAUGUCCAAGUUUGAGAUCGAGCUGCCGGUCGUCCCCAAACCCGCCAAACUCAGUCUGUCGGAGAGAGACAUCGCCAUGGCAACCAUUUAUGGUCAGCUGUUUGUGAUGUAUCUGAAGCAUCACUCACGAACAGCCAACAGUCCCAGUGCAGAAGUGGUGCUGUAUCACUUACCGAGGGAGGGUGCGUGUAAGAAGAGUCACGUGUUGAAGCUGAACACGACGGGGAAGUUCGCUCUGAACAUCGUGGACAACCUGGUUGUGGUUCAUCACCAGAGCUCACAGACGUCUCUGAUCUUCGACAUCAAGCUGAAGGAUCCAGACUGCGCUGUCAACACACACCAACCUGUCCUACCUGCCCGCUCCAUACACCCCUACAGGAUACCGCUGUCAGGUCCAGCAGUUGUUCCCUCUCAGCCUCCUGUUCCCUGUCAGCUCUACUCUUCCUCCUGGAGCGUCUUCCAACCCGACAUCAUCAUCAGCGCCAGUGAAGGUUACCUGUGGUACCUGCAGGUGAAGUUGCCUCCAACGGUCAACCUCCUUCAGGACAAAGGCAAACUGAUGGACUUCCUGUUACGACGGAGGGACUGCAAGAUGGUCAUCCUGUCUGUCUGCUCACAGAUUCUGGAGGGCGGGGAGAAGGGAAGUCUUCCCGUCGUGGCGACCGUCUUCGACAAGCUCAACCAGGUGUAUAAAGAAUACCUGGAGGCGGAGCAGACCUACACCGUGGCGAUGGAGUCCGGUCCGAGUCGAGGCAGUGCGGCCCAGAAACGUCCGGUCCGAACUCAGGCGGUCAUCGACCAAUCAGACAUGUACACACACGUCCUGUCGUCGUUCACCGAGAGGAAGGGUGUCUCCCAUAAGUUCAUCAUUGCGGUUCUGAUGGAGUACAUCCGUUCUCUGAACCAGUUCCAGAUCACCGUACAGCAUUACCUGUAUGAGCUGGUGAUUAAGACGCUGGUGCAGCACAACCUCUUCUACAUGCUGCACCAGUUCCUGCAGUACCACGUCCUCAGCGACUCCAAACCACUGGCCUGUUUGCUGCUGUCCCUGGAGAGUACGUACCCUCCGGCACACCAGCUGUCACUGGACAUGUUGAAGCGUCUCUCCACGGCCAACGACGAGAUCGUCGAGGUUCUGCUGUCGAAGCAGCAGGUUCUGGGCGCGCUCAGAUUCAUCCGCAGCGUCGGCGGCCACGACAACGUGUCGGCGAGGAAGUUUCUGGACGCAGCGCAGCAGACCGGAGACCAGAUGUUGUUCUACACCGUGUUCAGGUCGUUCCAGCAGAGGAACCAACGGCUGAGAGGAAGUCCCAACUUCAACCCGGGAGAGCACUGUGAGGAGCAUGUGGUUCACUUCAAGCAGCUGUUUGGGGAUCAGGCUCUGAUGAAGCCCUCCACCGUGUGAACCACCGGGACCAAACCACACACAGACUGGAAACUGGAUCACGGCAGACCGGUCGGACCGGCUCUCCGUCAGUUCGGACGCGCAGGAGACGACCUGACGGGGCGGCGGACCACCACAGGGAACAGAUGAUUGUGGUUUGAAUCCGGGAUCUUCGACCACAUUGACCGACGGCCAGAGCUUCUUUAUGAGUGAUAUUUUAAUGAUCCUAUAUCGGUGUGAACACACUCUGAUAACUGACUGAUAACUAGAUUAUCCCUCCACCAGUCAGGCAGUGAAACAAAGCAUUUAAUAAAAGAAUAAUACAGAGAAGAGCUUUUAAUGUCAUUUAACUUCACAACACUUAUAAUAUGAAUAUAGAAAUAUUGUAAUAUAUUCUGCAGGCUGAAUGUGAGGCUUUGGUGGUCCCUGGUUUAACCGGAUUAUUACCCCUGUACGGUGGCACGUCAGCACCUGAUCCAGGUUUCUGGAGCUAAACAAGGACAAACUACAAACCUGCAAUAAAGAAUAAAGUCUACCUGAUAUUAUGGGAUGGAUUCGACUGAUCACAGAUAUAUAUUGAUGAACAUUUCGAUGAGGAUCUCUUAAUCAAAUCCUUUUUAUUUUCAGCAGAAUAUCAAAGAUACUUUUAGAGGAAUUGUUCUACCAUGAACUGAUGAAUGUGGAAGAAAAACAUUUAUGAAAAUCAGUGAAAUUAGUAACGUGUUCCCAGGAAGUGCUAAUAAAACCAUGAGGAAUCAGUCGGCUGUGAUAAUAAACGCUUCAUUAACAUUAUUCAUUUGACAAACGAAGGCUUAAAAUACUAAAACUUUACUCUUUUUUUGACUCAGUUGAUCAGAAAUCUGCCAGAUCAAUAACCAGGUUGAUGAUAAUCAGCAUUAUACUGACUGACUGUAAGCGGCUCAGGUGAUGUCACUGUGAUGUCAGGUGUUGUGGGCGGGGCCAGAUGCUGCGUGUGAAUAUUUUGUACAUAUAACGACUGACGGUGACUCUAAUGUGUUUCUUUUGUAAAGAAUUUCUGCGUAUUGGAGUAAAAUGUCUUUAACUGCUCUGCUGAGUGAUGUUAAAGAUAUAAAGAUAUAGUGUGUGUGCGUUAUUAAUGUUUACAUUGUGUACAGAUAAAAGAUUAAACUACA